AAGAGGUCGCUGGAUGCAGCCCGCUUCCAAUAAGUCGACAUGGAAAUCUUAGGGAGAGGCCCCUUGUUCAGCAGUGGACAUCCUGCGCCUGAUGAUAAUGAUAAUGAUAUGAAAAAUAGCACUUCAGGCUGUGAAACAACGGCAUUUCCCUGUGAUUCGAUGUUACCCCACGCUUCCUACUAAGGUUAUAUAUUUGAGCGAAUUUAAAGACGUGUUAAAUGUAUUUAACGGACAGACGUACAGAUGGAAGCUUGAUACUUCCAGACUCUUUUGUCAUGUAAAGUUAAAAAUAUCGUUAUGUAUAUAAAUUAAUAUGCAAGGUAGUUUUGCAGUCGUUAUUACUGCGUGUUGGGAGAUAGAUGUAUGGUGUCAUACAUAAAAAAAUAACUGCGUAAUAUAUUAUUAAAAUAAAAAUCUCCUUUUCAAAUUGAGCAAGUUCCAUAUACUUUUAAGAUUUUAUUAUCUAGAUUUUUAAAUAUCAAAUUUAAUUUACUACAAAUCAAGAAGAACAUGACGACCACUACUAAAGAUACAGUGAAGUUCAAAGUAAACGGCAUUGAAUGCGAAGUGGGAAGUGAAAUCAGUUCGCAAACAAAAUUAAUAGAUUACAUUAGAAAAACUUUGAACCUGUCUGGUACUAAGUACAUGUGCCGUGAAGCGGGCUGCGGCGCUUGUAUUGUCUCAGCAUCGAAAGGCCCUGGCGAGCCUGGACAAGCUGUGAAUUCUUGUCUUGUCUCUGUUACAUCUUGCCAAGACUGGGAGAUCACAACUAUCGAAGGUCUGGGAAAUAGAAAGACGGGAUAUCAUGUCCUCCAAGAAACUUUGGCUGAAAACAACGCCACACAGUGUGGUCAUUGUACACCUGGAUGGAUCAUGUCUAUGUACAGCCUCCUUCAAAGAAAAACUCUACCUACAAUGCGGGAAAUAGAACAGUCUUUUGCAAGCAACGUCUGCAGAUGCACCGGCUAUCGACCAAUAUUUAAGGCAUUAAAAAAAUUUGCCUCUGAUAGUCCACAAAAUGACCUCCCAAACAUUAAAGAGUUGUAUGGAUGCCAACAAAGUGGUGUUGCAUGUAAUAAAAAAUGUUCCGAUGAUUGGUGUCUCCUUUCCAAAGACGCAUUAGAGAAGACGAUUGUGAAAAUAAACUUACAAGACAACAGAACUUGGUAUAAAGUUUCUGAAAUUGAUGAUGUUUUUGAUAUAUUGGAUGUAGAAGGCGAUGAUUCAUAUAUGUUCGUGGCGGGGAACUCUGCCAGAGUACCAUACCCAAUACAACAAUAUCCCAGAGUGCUGAUAGAUGUAACUGGUAUUGACGAACUGAAGAACUGUGAGAUUGAUCAAAACCUGAUCAUUGGAGCAGGAACCACGCUAACUAAUCUCUUGGACGUGUUCGAAGAGAUAUCUAAAGAAGGCGAUUUCUGGUAUCUACAUACACUACGGGAACACGUACAGAAAGUAGCUCAUAUCUCUGUAAGAAACUUGGCAACAUUAGCUGGUAACCUCAUGAUUAAAUAUCAACAUAGAGAUUUUCCUUCAGACUUAUUUCUUCUAUUGGAGUGCAUUGGAGCUCAGCUUUCUAUAUAUUCCCGAUCAGACGAUGGUUCACGAAAAGUGGACACAGUAACGAUGCAAGAGUUUCUCGAUAUAGACAUGACGGGAAAAAUAAUUGUAAAUGCUUUACUGCCACCGUUGAGUAAUGAGUACAAGAUCGCGACUUUUAAGAUUAUGCCGCGUGCGCAGGGCACCCAUGCUAUUGUCAAUGCAGGGUUUCUGUAUCAGUUAACUGACGACUACAUAGUGACGAGAUGCAGGAUCGUAUACGGAGGUCUGUCGAACCAGUUCAUAAGAGCAAGGAACACUGAGAACUUCCUGGUAGGGAAGCACCUGUUCACAAACGACACGCUGCAGAACGCGCUGAAAGUCCUGGAUAAUGAGCUGGUGAUCACUAGCGAUCCACUGAGCGCUUCGGUGGAGUUCAGGAGAAAGUUGACUUUGGCUUUGUAUUAUAAGGGUUUGUUAACAAUUUGUCCUGAAGACAAGAUUCAGCAACAAUAUCGGUCUGGAGCCAUAAAAGUCCACAGCACAAGGCCUGUGUCAUCAACCACUCAAGUUUUCAAGACAGAUGCCUCUCUUUGGCCACUUAACCAACCAGUAAACAAAGUCGAGGCUUUGUUGCAAUGUGCUGGAGAAGCAGUAUAUACGGAAGAUCUGCCGCGCCUGCCCAAUGAGAUGUCAGCUUUCUUCGUUCUCACUGAUGUGCCUACUGGAGAAAUCGUGUCCAUUGAUGCGAGCAAGGCAUUGGCAUAUGAAGGAGUAAUAGCGUUCUAUUCAGCGAAACAUAUACCAGGUCUAAAUUCCUUUACACCAGCGGACGAUAAUUUCGGUCAUAGUAAUGAAGAAGUAUUUUGCGAUGGAACAGUUAAGUACCAUGGUCAACCACUAGGAAUCGUAGUAGCUGAAUCAUACGGAGCAGCCAGCGCAGCUGCAGGGCUGGUUGACGUUACGUACAAAAAUGUUAAAACACCAGUACUAACGAUUGAAGAAGCCAGAAAAGAUUCCUCGAGGGUUACAUUGCACUUCUCGGCGGCUGCGACAAGUAAAGGUGAUAACGUUGUAAAGGUAAUUAAAAGUGGUACCUCAAUAUUCACCCAGUACCAUUUUCCAAUGGAAAAUAUGAGUUGCCUCGCUCAGCCCUCAGAGGAAGGACUCAAGGUCCACGCAACAGCGCAAUGGUUGGAUGCAACGCAGUUGAUGAUAUCCCGGGCACUCAACAUACAACAAAACAAAGUCGAUGUGCACCUACGACGUCUAGGAGGAUCCUAUGGUCAGAAGAUAACUCGUACCAUCCAGAGUGCAGUUGCGUGCAGUCUCGCUGCAUUUUUAUUGAACAGGCCGUGUCGAUUGAUAAUGCCUAUGCAAGUUACAACUAAAGCGGCGGGGAAAAGAUUCCCUUGUCAAACAGAAUAUGAGGUCGGGGUUGACGAUAGUGGAAAGAUCCAGUACAUGAAUUAUGAUUUGUACGAUGAUAAUGGCUAUUUGAUUAAUGAGCUCAUCAUCGAACUUGUAUCGGGUGCCUAUAACAACUGCUACGACAAGUCUACAUGGAACUUUAGAUCUUUUAAUGUUACUACUGAUACACACAAGAACUCUUGGUUUAGGAGCCCUGGUAACCUAGAGGCUACUUAUAAUGCAGAAUUAAUCAUGGAACAAAUCGCAUGUGAACUUGGUUUAGAUCCUCUAGACGUAAGGCUAGUUAAUAUCGCAGACAAAUACGCGGAGAUCAAGGAAAUGAUUGAACACGUCAGAAAGAACUCGAACUACGACGAAAGACGUAAGGCGGUGGACAAAUUCAAUUCCGAAAAUCGGUGGCUUAAACGGGGUUUGCGAUUCUCUACCAUAAGAUGGUCACCAAUACCUGUCGGUAAUACAGCAGUAAACAUGUCAGUCUAUCACGGCGAUGGAUCAAUUUCUCUCACACAUGGUGGUAUCGAAGUGGGGCAAGGUUUGAAUACAAAAGCAAUUCAAAUAUGUGCUUACCUACUUAAUAUUCCGAUGGAUAAAAUACAAGUGAAAGAGAACAAUACUACAAUAGGCCCAAACGUUUACGCCACUGGCGCUAGUUUGGGAUCACAAAACGUUAAUAUAGGAGUGACACAAUGCUGCGAAGAGUUAUUAAAAAGACUAGAGCCUAUACGGCAGAAGCUGACAAAUCCGACGUGGGAAGAAUUGAUAAAGACGGCUCAUGAAAAUAAUGUAAACUUACAAACUACAGGAUUUUUAGGCAUUCCUGAUAUAAAGAAAUUUGCUUAUGAUAUAUAUGGAGUGGUGGUGGCUGAAGUAGAAGUAGAUGUCCUGACCGGAGAGUUUGAGGUUAUCAGAGUCGAUUUGGAGGAAGAUGUUGGGUUAAGUACAAGCCCCUUUAUUGAUAUUGGACAAAUUGAAGGUGGAUUUCUUAUAGCACAAGGAUACUGGACUUGUGAAGAGAUAAUACGAGACAAAACUACAGGCGAAAUGCUAACCAACCGCCCGUGGAAUUACUACGUUCCGCUAGGAACUGAUAUUCCACAAGAUUUUAGAGUUUAUUUCAGAGAAAAUUCCUACAGCUUUAAAGAACUUUUCGGAGCUAAAGUGACUGGUGAACCACCGCUGUGUAUGGCUGGUGUGAUCCCCUUUGCCAUCAGAGAAGCCAUCACAUCUGCGAGGGUUAACUCUGGAAUUCCUGCAACCGAAUGGUUCCCUGUCAAUGGGCCCUACACCGUGGAAAAAAUUGGUCUCGCGAUGGCGAACAAACAAGAAGAUUUCAAGUUUUAGAUAUAAUUAACAACCAUCAUGUGGUAUUGGGAAUAUAAUAUAAUUAAUUUCAAGUCUAAAAAAAUAUUUGAUUUAUUAGCUGGGUUGAGUUUACGAAUAAAGACUAUCGCUACGGGUCGAAA